AUGAUGCCCAGACUAGUGGCCUCAAAGCAAAUUGGCGGUACGUCUUUUGCCAUCAAUUUUAUGCCUUCCAUGCCGCGGCCAUAAUGUUGUGGACGACGUUCUCUUGUCUAAGCUAUCCGUUGAUUGAGUUAAAGCGUAACGAUACUGGAAAACUCUAUGCUGCGAAAGAAUACGAGUCAGGACAACUGCAUUUCUUAUGGAAUCACACACUUCAUCGCAUAGAUUCCUGCUGAACCGGUCAUCCUGAGUUGAUCCGUCAGCCGCAUUAGCUCCCCACUGUGCAAUUUAAAGUAGUGGAAGAUUGAACUAUCAAGGACGAAAUAAUCGAACUUCCUGUUAGCUCUUUUCGACUAAACGAGACCAUUUUCGGAUACACUAAGGAGCGAAUAUUAACGAAGCACAGGAGGAAUUAAACCAGCAGAGUUUGUCUGCAGUACCCCGCAGAAUAAGUCUGCAAACCAUUCUGUGAGCGACUUCGGGGAAUUCAACCGAUAUAUAAACUGUAUGCAUAAUAUAUGAGCCGAUCGUCCGUGCGGGGAAUCAUAUCUGGCAAUGCGCAAAUGGAAGCUUCUGAUGUCAUAAGUAAAGUGUUUUGGGCAUUUAAUCUAGAAAUUCUCUGCGUAAAGCAAUAUUCAAAUGGCAGUGGCCUAAUCCUCAGCAAAAUUACAUUAUUUAACCACCACUUGCAGCGAACACAAUAGAUUAUUCUCUUGUGUUAUUUGUUGGCUUAUGACAUCAACAAAAACAUCGAAAAGAAGGGAGGAAGAUGAUUCCAAACAUGUUCGUCCUAAUCGCGGAAAAAGACGACUUAACAAGAGGAAAAACUAGAAAGUUUAUAUUUUAGCAUAGUUUGUUCGAGGGUACAUCGGGCCAGGCUGGCGUUGCAAUUUUUUAUUAAACUGUGUCGAUAGAAUAGUUGCAAAUGCUAAAGUUGCAGAAUUAGCGGGAUAAUUGUGUCAUUAUGUUAGAAGCGAUAGGAUUCACCCUACAUGUUCAGUUCAAGACUAUCUUAUUAUUACCCGGCCUCUGGAAUAUCUUGCGGUCAAUUUAAACUCCCUGUUUAGUGAGUUUUACAGGAAGGAAGUUUAUUUUCUUCCAACGCAAUCUAGGACGUCUCGCUAGCAUAAUAUUUUAUAUUUUUUUAUUUCAGGUAUCCCCGUUUCAUGCUGAUAACAUUAAUUUCGGAUUUUUAGAUUUUCUACCAUUAUAAAUGAUUUUAGUUAUCUAUUUGUCUUUCAUAAGAUAAUCAAGCAUACUAUGAAAUGUAGUCUUGCAAUUGGUCCAUAAAAGGUCUUAUUAUAUGUGGUCUAAUAUGCUGUGUUAUGGUGUAACUUCCAGGCGUUUGCGAUGUUUUGGUCAACAUUCGACCUGUCAUCGAGUUGGCUGACAAUUUUUAUAUGGAUUUGGAUGCAGCUAUCGUAAACUUGGAGGUUAAACACUAACCACUUACCAGUAAAGAAAAUAGAACAAAAACAGGUGUCGCCGAUUUCUAUAGGUGUUUUUAAAAAUUGUGCAACUAUCUCCCAGCCACUGCGCUCCUGAACAAUUUUGCCUCUAAAUAAAAUAUCAUAUCAGAAAUAUCAAAAAUGUGUCACCAGACUGGUAGAGACUUUUUGGUGCGUCACCACCCGUAGCAUAGAAACAAAAUAGACUUGAAUGAUGGGAACUGAAUAAUCGCUCCGGUGGUUAAGGCCCACCUAUAACAAUUCGGAAAUCACAUUCACUUUUGCCAAAGAAAUCACACUCCUUGCGUAAAGAAGUGGGAAUUUUUAGAACAAUCUUGCUAUAUCACUAGCAAAUCAUACUAAGUUCACUUAGUCUGAACUAUGAACUCCUGGACAUGUAUUUUGGUGGGAAGUAGCCAAUUUGUAUCAUUUCAAAGGAUGGAAAGCUGCACUCCUCAAAUUUUCGAAGGCUCUUGUGUCAAAAAUCCCAAACGAAUAAGUACGUGAUGGCUUACUACUCUGAGCCUAGGGCAAAAAUCUGCAUAAGCAAAGUGACUGUACUCCAACUAUCUAUUUUUGAGCAAUAUUUAAGCAUACAUACACUAUAUGAAUCGAUAAUCGGUGUUUGAUUCCGGUUAAAAUGUAAUAAAAUGACCACCAUCACCUUGGUAGUAGGCUGCGGCCAGGGCCACUUGGUGAUGUUCUUCUUCCAGUGUUAAACAUGUCCGGAUAUGAAAGUUACAAAUUGUGAUUUAGUUUUAACGUUAUUUUUUCUGCACCAACAAAUAUUGCAAGGGAUAUUAUAUACUAGUUUCGAAAAAACCAAAUGGAGAUGUUUUUACUUUCUCUUCAUUUCAACGCUCCUCCAGCCAGACAUCAGCACUCUGAGCAUGCUACAGAAUCCGGAAGAUCUCGGCUCAUGUAACAUUCGGACGUUACUUGCUGGUGUAUAGUCAUGUCGCUCACUGGUUUUGUCAGUCUGUAGUUCAGGUGUCUACAGCGUUGCUGCAGUAAGACCUUCUCCCUGCUUUAGUGGGUCCGAACCCCACCGAGGUACUGAAUGUUUCACAGUUGGGUCAAAAUGAAUUAUUUGACCACUGUUUUCAGACAAAUUAGACGACAGAAAACAACGGGAAAACAUAACCAACCUCUUGGCAAACGCCAGGGCAUUCACUUUAUCCAAGCACUCAAAGCAAAAGAAGGUCAGCCUUCAGCAAGUGCUGACCUUGACCGGUACAGCUAAGUGGACGACUUUGCGACAUUCAUGGUCUUCCAGCUGAGAUACUGGGUAUUCUUUAUAACGCUUGAAUUGUUAGAUUACUCAAAGGGCAGUGAAAUAGCACGUGGUCACAUUUCAAAAAGUUGCCUUUAAGUCCGCCGUCCUACUGGGUUGUCCUUCAAAACGCAACUGACGGAGUCUGCCUGCUUGCUGUUACAUGCUGUGCUAGUCCACGUAAAUGCAGCCUCGGUAGAUUAACCCCCAUACCUCAAAGACAGCAGUCAACAUGUGGACUCUGAAAUCUUUAACCUUGGAACUGAGACAAGAUGAUCCACAUUGCUUAGUUAAGGAGUGCUUACAAAGUUUCCAAAUGAUGAUGAUGGUUUGUCCUUAUUUAGACUACAGGUAUGAAAAGUACGACCUCAGCGGAGGCAGCAAGCGUAAGUUCCCUUAUUUUGAUUACUCCGUUCUGGCGGUUGUGAACGUUAGUUUCCUGAUCAACAAACCACAUAGUAGAACUUUACAUGACUGACCGUGCCAGUGAUUAAAAGAGGGCAAACACAGAGAGAUAAUCUUGUAUCCAAUUGAGAUGUCUCGAUGACAGCACUAGCCACAAAUCUGUCGGCGCGAAAGUCGCGAUCCCACGCAAAUGACGGACGAGUGGAUACUUCGCCCCGUCUAGCAAGACACUGUACACGGUUUCAUACUUAUAGACCGUGGGUUGCCAAAGCGAAACCCAUCUUACAAUGUCUAAGCCAUUUUUAUGUGUGGCCGUCAUCAUUGAGCAUUUUUUGGAAUGUUUACAAUUUACCUUGCAGCAAAAAAGAAGCCAAAUUCUCAACCAGUCUACUUUCCAGGUAAAAGCUGUCUACACCUGGUUUAUUUUCCUUUAAAUUAUUGAUGUUAAUUUUAAGAAAUGUGGAACGGUUGGCUCAGUCUUUCGCAAUUCAAUAAGCUGCUCUGCUAGUUUUAAAAGAAUCUUGAGAAUGCUAAAUCAGUAUAUUUUAAAACGGACAUAAGAUAUUGAUCCAUAUUGCCUAAUUGAAAAGCUAAAGGUGUCAAAAGUUUUGUUCCUAAACAAGUGCCUUCCUCCAUCAAAUCUGCAAUCAUGUAACGGUAUUCUCACUAAAAUUGUCAUGGCUCUAGUUUUACAGCAACACAUGUGUUUGAACCCUAGAUUUUUUGUGACUUUAGGAUGUUUCACUUGAUUUAACAUAAUAGACCAGCACAUAAUCCCAUACGAUUAGUGCCAAUAUUUACGCCAACAAUGCUACCACUUUCUCAUUAAUUAAACAGCCCACAGUGACGAUGGAACCAGCAGCGAUGAUUCCAACGGUGAGUCACCUUUUGCAAUCAAAUAUUAAUAAUGAUUAACAGUCAGCAGCUCUUUAUUUUCCACAUCCUAAUACCGAGGAUCUGAUUCUAACGUACAAUAAACAUGAUGUUUAAUCGAUAAUUCAAGCAAAAAACACAACUAUCUACAUCAGUAUUUAAAAUGCAACCAGCCCAAACUAAUUAAAUGCAUUAUACUUUUUUAAAGUGUAUCAGGUGCAAAAACGCACAAUUCUGAGACAACGGAAGCCAGUUGCGACUUCUCGCGAUAGCACUUCUCUCUGUCCCAUCCAUGGCGGAAGCGAGUUUCAUUUCUUUACUUUUAUUAUCGUUAUUUAAUUUUACCCUUUAAAUUGUUCCUGAUCAGAUGAGCUCGGUUAAUGGUCAUUAUUUAAGCAGCAGAAAGCUAAAGCCUGUAGAAGUUCAUUUUAAGAAAAGUGGACAAAACUGUUUAAGGAAUGGGACAAUUGAAUAUAGACUAGCAUAUAAAGGGGCCCGUACAUACAAGGGUCUUACGCAGAAUUGUGCAUUUUUGACGUCUCGAAACCUAUAGCGGAUAUUCUCAUCUGCUGAAUACCAGUGAAGUACUAUGGUUCCAAUGAGUACACGUUGACUGUGGCAAAUAAAAUACAAUAUCAAUGGGUCGCUACAGAAGGAUGAAAACCUGCAAGUGCUAGAGGACCCAAAUGCCACCCUAAUAUGAAAAUAAAUCAGCAGUAAUUUUUGUCGUAUCCCGUGCUAAGUUUUUGAAUGCAGAACAGCACUCUAGCAUAGUCAAACACUGCAUUAAGUACAACAAGACAGUAUGAUCGUUCGUCAGACAUAGAGUAGGUGGGCGAACUCAUGCAAUGUCAACCGAAAUUCCGAAAUGCGUUUUCGUUUUGAAAAGAUUAAAUAAGAAAGGUUGUACAAUUUAUCCGCCUGUAGUACAAUUCUAUAAUAAUUCAUUUACCGCAGGAUGCCGGUUUUCGAACGAACUUCCAUCCGGCUGCAUACACGAACGGUACCCUGUAAAAGUGGUUACUUAAGUAGCAUGCAUUUUUCUCAAUGGGUUUCGAGGCCUCUAAACGGCCAAUUAUAUUUCAUAGAAGACAUGGAUAAAAAUAUUCAUUCUUUCAUUCAUUUGGUAGAAACUUACGCCUUCUUUCAAUUUUAUACUCAAAGAAAGAACACAAUUCAGCUUUAAAAAAGUUUCUGAUUGUGAGACUUUUUAAUAUCGUGAAAUGGCCGUUCAUAAUACGUCAUGUCUCUGCAUUUACCGAUGCGGCGUUUAAAGUUAACAAUAUGGCUCAAGCCUGCUUCUAUAUUUUAUAAACCCGAUAUGGCUUCCUCUUAAUACUGUAAAUAAAUGUUUAAUCUUCUGUACACGGAAAAUAAGUGGUUUGCAGUUUGGAAACCCUGAAUGCAAGCGUGAUAGCAGAGCGGGUUCAGAAUGAUUUGGGAAUAAGGAAAGUUUUAAUAACCAAAUAAUACCCUUCCUUCAAGUAUAAAAUUGAAAGAAGACGUAAUGUUCUACCGAAUGAAUGUAAGAAUGAAUAUUUUACUGUCUGACUUCUGUGAAAUAUAAUUGGCUUUUAAAGGCCUCGAAAUCCAAGGAGAAAAUGCAUGCUACUUAAGUAGUCAUUUUUUGUAAGGUGGCGUUCUUGUAUGCAGCCGGAGAGAAGUUCGUUCGAAAACCGGCAUCCUACGGUAACUGAAUUAUUAUGGAAUUAUGCUGCAAGCUGAUUAGUUUUACAACCCUCCUUAAUUAAUCUUUUCGAAAUGAAAACGCAUUUCGGAAUUUGGUUGAGAUUUCAUUAAUUAGCCCACCUACUGUAGACAGACCCCAGACUUCCCGGGCGUUUCUCCAAAACGACACGCCCAAAGAUGCAGAUGUAGCAUGGAAGGCAGGUCCAGAACCUGCAAAGCCGAGGUAUUGUUCUCAAAUGUGUUUCGCGUUGUUUCAGCAGCUGAUCGAUCCAACUCAGGUACCUAAGUGUAAACAUCUAAUGCAUUGUGCACCCAUCGGCCUCUAACUUAAAUCACCAUACUUUCGACCCAUUUAACAAAAAUUAACCGCUCCUUCUUGUAGACCCUUCUAGGAUGCCAAACAGUAGAUUUACUUAAACCUCUUUUUCUUCUGUCUGAUUCCAGAUCCAACUUACUUUGACAGAGUAUUGGAAUGUCCUGAUACCGAAACUGAGGCGGAGUCUACGGACGGUAGAUUAUGUUUCCUUUAUUCCUGUCUAUAAAACAGAUUAAGGGGCGCAUUUUAUGAAGUCUGCCACGUACAUGUCCUUCUUUUCCUUCGCAUUUUCUCCGUCCGCUUGUGUUUGCAUGAAAUAUAUAUUAUUUUGACGGUAAGAUGGAUCGCAGAGGAGUCAUCUAAGUCUCGUUAAUAAGUUAACAGAUAGAUGACGACACCGGAAAAGCUCAUCUCCAUUAGGGUCCUUAUCAUGUCUUGUAUGGUUUACUUGUUAACAACUACUAGCCUUUCUAUUCUGUUCUUUACUUUCAAAUUCUUGUCAACAAUACUUGAGGCGCCCAGAUUGUUACAGCUAUGGCGAUAUGGAUGCUAACACCUCCGACAACGAUAUUUUUUGACUUUAGGUCAGAGUUAUAAUCAAACAAACCGUCGUCGACCUGAGCCUUCUUCCGACGAUGAAAGUAAUUAGACUUGCAAUGCUUUUUAAAGAGUUUUUUUAAAAAUCGGAUACUGUAGUCUCCAAAUUCUAAGUUAGGCGUUUUAGGCUGGAUUGUUUGCCUCAGUAUACGCUGAUUCAUUGAUUAGGCAUGCAUACUUCGGAAUAUAUUAAUUCUCAAAUUUGAAGAGGUAGAAUAUGCAUUUGUCGAAAAACUGGAGUGACUUAGAUUACACUGGUUUUGAAGCCUUUUGAUUGAAAUAAAUGACUAUUAUGACUGAGCAUUUUAAGUAAAAUUUAAAAAGUUUAAAUCAUUGGGGUAGUAUGCAUUCCGAACUUCUAGUUCCAGCUAUCUCUAUUUAUCUGACAAUGAAUGCUGUUAUUUCCUUAUUAUCAGUUUUUUCUAACUACAUCUUCAAAUGCUGCAUUCACCUAGUAAGCACCGGCAGACACUCGCGCAAUAGCGACUGGCAGUCGGAGCAAGAAACCCGUAAGUACACCCGCAAAGAAUCCUACAGUACUAAAAACUAAAACAUAAGUUCAUUACAUGAAAUUCUUCAUUAAUUCAGGGUUCAAGGUCGUUUUUAUUUUCAAAAGCGUUAUUUAUCAUGGUCAGAUAGCGUGUCAAUGGGAUUGUACUAUCGAGAAGUAGACGUCAAAACGCACGCCACCAACAAUUUUACAACGUUUGUUUUAAACUACUUUGCUUGGAGAGUUCAACAAUUUUUGGUGCUUGCUUUGGUUUGCCUUAUGUAGUGUACUAAUACACACUUAAUUAUGGCAGAUGUUAAGCACCCCGUAACGAGUAGUGUUAACUGUGUAUAUUCCGAGUACGAACACUUAACGCCUUGGUCCGCCUUUCGGUAUCUGAGACUAAUAAAUCGAUUGACUUGAAGUUGACGUAAAUACCGCUCCUUGGAAAAAUCAGCAUUUUCAACGUUUGUGAAUUUUGUCAUUCUUCUAAUUUCGCUGUCAAGUAAGAUAAUCGUGUUGAACACGGUAAGUCUCAUGCUUUCCGGAGUGGAGACCAUGUAAUUAUCAAGCAGCUUAAAAGGUUGUAAGCUUUACGAAUACAUCGAUAAAAUUUGGACCAUCGCAAGCACAAACGUGCACCCCGUGGAUGCAACAUCGGUGACUGGGAUGAAUUAACUUAUAGUGAGACAGACUUGCACAGCAUCUAGCGCAUUCUUCCGUCCGCCACCCAUCUUGUCCCAGUGGGAGACAAUAUCAAGCUCCGCGCAGCAUGUACCACUUUAUGUCCCCUGAAACGGAUCACGCGCUAAAUAAUUUGGACUAACACAGGAGCCAAAUGGGAGUACGGCUGGUGUUAUCGCGGAUGCGUACCCAUAACAAAAGUCAACAUUGGGAUGUGGCCGCACGCGCAUUUGCCGGUUCACUCCACGCCAGUUGGAAUUCGUGUCGCAACUUUAUUUGCGUUGUAGUAUAAAAUCCUGGUCAGUAUAUGUAGUGGCCCAGAAGAUGUGGUGAUGCACCGAUGUGCGACUUUACCCCGUGUCAACCACCUGUGCCCUCUUCCAUCUCCAAUCUUCUUGAUUCUUUCUUGACAGCGUGCACAAGUGGGGUAGAAGGAGAGAGUGUGGUAGAUGCCGCGGAUUUAUACUAUGAUUAUAAACUAAUUCAUGCGCAAUUCGCCGCCCCUGCCCGCAGUCUGCUGCACAACACACGGUGAACAUCGUCAGAAACGAGCGUAGAGCUGUUAACAGACUUUCAUACAGAUGGCUCUGGUCUCCCAUGCAUGAGUGUGCGGUGAAAACCACAUUGUGAAGGAACCACCUCCAGUCACCACACUUUACUCACCAAUAGGUGCGAGUUAUCCCGUCAUUUGUCUUCUUCCUAGUCACGAUUCCUGGUGCCCGUUGUCGCCUCCAAUGCAUUAGACAUAUUAGAAUCAUAGACGGACUCCCUAGUAGCGGUCUGACUCAAUCCUUUCUUCCGCACACUAGCUCGAUGUCCGAGAUUGUCGAAAAGCAGGUUUUUUUAUUGAGCUCAUUAACUGGCAUUAUGUGCAAGCCGAUUUCUAACGCGUACCAGCAAAUGCACUUGCGACGGUACUCAUGAGCUCGCGCAGACCCAGAACAGCCAGACAAACGCGCACAGUGAGUCAGUCUGAUCUACGCUUCGGUCAGCCGCACCAGCAACGCAGCCAACUGUGAGGAAUAAAUUCAUUCAGUGGGUGACCAGACUGUUUGUCCUCACGCACAUCCGAUUUAGAGACACGAAUUUUGUCAGACAAUAGAAUUAGGUCAAGUUAAGUUACCUUUCCAACUUUGUAGGUAUCUCGUCACCUGUGAUUUUCCGGCCCUAUCGACCGGGUAUUUAUUCAUUCUGGAAUGGCCGCACGCCGAGUUAUUGGCACCUUGAAGGAAACAAGCUCCUAUGAUGUGUUUAUGACGCAUCCGGUUAAUCUCUGUGGGGAAUUAUUUGCGGCAUCUGCGAGGCGCAUAUUUGGGUUUGUGGUCCACAUCGUAACCAGGGUUAUGCUUGUCUGAGUAAAGACCUGAAACAGUUCUCUGCCCAUCUACACGCAUUCGCCGGCGUCUCGCUCACAACUAUAAUUGCUUGGCGGACUUCGGUCACAAAGACGGUUACCUUUCCAUGGCCCAUGCUAGGUCUGUUUGUUUGAGGAUGCUAGUUUGCGCUUAAGGCUGAUUACGAAGACAUAUAUAUAUAUACAUACGCGUUUGAUAUGGCUGAAAAUAUGUACCAGAUUUUAUUUUCUUCGUCUAGGCCCGAGGCGCAACGAACGAAGACCAACCAAGCAGGAAGUGGAUAAUGGUAUAGCAAUCUUUGUUAAACAGUUCAAAACUGAAACCCUUGCCUGAGGUUAUCUGUGUUAAUGCAUCAUCCCAUGCAUGGAAAAUUUACGAGACAGUAGUAUUCUGCAAAUUCAUCAAAUGUGGAUGCAAUACGCAGCUACUUUCUUUAAAAUGACACCCAAUCUACUUAGAAUAUAAUUAACUCGAAAACAUUGCAGAACGUAGUUAACAUCCCACGUGUUUCAUAUUUGAAAAGUUGGCUAGAUAUUUUAAGGAUGGUACAAACGCCUUGCUAACUUUCCCCAAGUCGAAUGGAAUCGCUGUACAUAAACACACUUCAGCACUUCUUUAUUUUCUCAUUUCCUUUGUUAUGUAGAUCGAAGGAAGUCCACAAGAUGCAAUCACAGUGCUGAGCCAGGUAUAAUCUGUAUUCUAUCUAUUGAAUGCGAUGAAGAGUUCACUCAGACACAUAACGUCAAGAUUUUACAUCUCAAUUAUAGAUAGAAAUAGGGGCAAGGCAAACCGCUAUCGAGGUAAACAUUUUACUACACCAUUAACACAUUACUACUAUGCAUUCAAUAACUGGACCGAUGUCCAUUACCUUUUCGUGCAUUUACUAAGAAGUUUUUGCUUGUAUUUUGCGCAGACGAAUCCGAAGGUUCAGAAGAAGAACGUAAGUUUCUGGAAGACUAAUACAACCAGAAUGUUAAUCUUACGUAUUUCAAAAACAGAUGACACAAGUGCGGUUAAAUGAUUGAAAACCGUAAACCUUCGGGAGUAUGUUAGACAAUAAUGCAUUUGACACGUAGUCACUGAAAAACAAGAUCUCUGUCUUCUCAACAUGCAGGCCUCAUGCUAUAAUGCACGCUGUCAGUAAGAGUAAUCGAAGGCAGUCCUCUGAUUUUUAUUUUAAACUUUCUAGGUUCACCUAGACAGGUACAAAGACAAAGAAAACCAGGUAAGUAAUAAAGCAGUUAGGUAGUAAUAACUCCGGAUAAAAUUAACUUGUCCUCAUUUGUUAUUUGUAUGUCUCUUCAAACUUGCUGGAGUUUUAUUGCUGAGUUUUAUUUCAACCUGCUAUGCGCACAUAAACAACAACCAGUUUCUUGCCUUUAGUUCGAAAAGAAAGGAGGGGUAUGUGAUCUACGACUGUGAAUUUACUGCUCUUUUGCUCAAGCAUUCGCUACUCAAAGUCAUUUUGACCAUUCAUAUGAUCUCGUGGUGACUAAGCGCUCUAUUGAAACUUCAGACUACGAAGAAGAGUCCGAAGAAGAAGGUGAGUUCUUCUUACGUCCAGAAGGGACUGUCCAUAAUUUUUUUAUGUUCAUCGCGUACCGAAUUUAAUAUAGGGGUUUAAAGAAGGAGACACGAUCGCCGGGACAAGAGCUUUAUUAGCCUGACGUUUCAAAUUCCUACUCGAAUCCAUCAUCAGAGACAAAAAAGCAGAAACGGGUGGUUGUUGCACAAGGAGCUGCGGUAUUUAUAGGCUCAUGCGACGAGAUCCGGUCGCACAUUCAAAUUCGAUGAGGCCGAAAUUCUCGCAAGAGGUGACAACCGCGUGAGCCGGGAGCUACUGGAAUCAUGGUUUACUGGCCCCCAGUCCAUAAACAAGUGCAACGAUCUUCCGACUCCAUACUCAGGGCUAAAACUUCCCUAGGCGGAGUAACAAGCCAUGCGGGGAGGGCAGAGGUGAACACUUUUCCCAACACCGGGGUCGGUGCGUCAGAUGGUCGAGCAAUCAUCACGCCAACAUCCAACGCACGUGAUGAAAUUGCAGCAAUUGUCGACUCGAAUGUCGGCCAUCAAGCAACGAUCACACCAAGUGCGACGAUCCCCGAUGAAGGGGGGAGCUGUGAACGUUCAUAGGUAUGCGGUAGCAUGGCGACUUUAUCCAAUAGAUACUGCAGCCCCUUGUGCAUGAACCACCCGUAUCUGCUUUUGUCUCUGAUGAUGGAUUCGAGUAGGAAUACGAAACGUCAGGCUUAUAAAGCUCUUGUCCCGGCGAUCGUGUCUCCUUCUUCAAGACUACUUCCUGGAACUCGUCUCUUCGCUUCAAUUGGCAAUAGGGGUUUAAAUAAUUUGAGAUUUCAUUCUAAAAAUUAGUGCUUCUUAGGCGGUGUUUUAGCGAUGUACAACAAGACCUUUGGGUAAAUCCUCGACUGUGGUAUGCUGGUUAUUAAUUGAGCAACAAAUCUGUACAGACCACUUCGAAAAGUUAGUAAAUCACAACGAAAUGAGCUUGUCCGCAACUUAACCAAUGAACGCAGUUUCAAUAUGCAGACAACAUCUGACCUACCUCAUGAAAUGUUAAAAAACAUUUCAAAGUUUGUUUUUGGGGAGAAAACGUUACCUCAGCCGAGUCGUAAUAUCAGCCAAUGUGUAGCAUAAUCCUAAGACGUUUUAGUUACUACGGAAUGUUUGUUUUCAAAUGAGCCUUUUUGGCCGUCUACAGAGACAAAAUGUGUUCAAAAACGGUUAUUUUUUAAGCAUGAAUUUUAUUUGUUUAUUUUCAAUGACCUAAAAAUAAAAGCAUAUUAUGUAAAAACCAUUCACAAAAAUAUUAUGAGCUCUUAGUGACGUCUUCACAAAAGCAAAGCGGAAUGCAUGCUUCUCUCUACACCGUAAGGAUGCAGUAUGCAUUCUUGAAACCUUAUAUACCCUAGUAACUGUCUUUUAGUUGCAAAAUUAUUCGAGAAUAAAAAACUUUUCAAAACUUCACCAUGACUUUUCUUUAACUAUAAGAUCUGAGAAAGUAACCUGCUGCAAAAUAAAAACAAAAAAGUUAUUUCUGCGUAUUUUAAGGGCAUUCACUAUAAACGGGGAAGUGUCAUACUACGCAAGCAAUCAUUUUGUAACAUCGGCCGUUUUUGCGAGCUGCCAGAGAGGAGCUCAUUUAAAAUUUAGCAUUCUGUCAUGACUGAAAUAAUUCGGGAUCAUAUUGCUAAAAGACCAAUAUAACAGUUACCCUUCUAAACUAAAACACGUUUCAGAGCUCCGGUUACCACGUUAUUAGAUAAGCCAGUUUAUGCUACUUGAAAUGAAUACUCACAGAAUUCAGUAACAUCUCUUAAGAGGGGUGCGCAAGUAUGCAUUACAACCACACUAUAUGCAAAUGUCCACUAUCCAAAUAAUGCACUCCGAUGAAGACCGCAUUUUAAUCUUAAAGUAUGCAGCCAUGAUUAUUAUUUUUUACGUUCACACGAUUAGCUGUGUACUGCUAUAUGUGCAAGUUUAUUAAUCCGACUGUGCGGGUAGUUUACAUCCACUAAAUGGUCUGAUUGGACUUAUGAUUUUCAAGAAAAUGUAGCACCAAAGGCAUUCACCCAAGUGAAGUUAUGUUGCAUGGAGUUAAACACCUACCGACCAACAGGAAAUAUUUGUAAAAUAAAACGCGCAAUGUAGUUGGGAGUAUAUUUGAUACAAGGAUUCAGCCUCCCCACAUAAUAACUGCGCAUGGAUGACUGAACUUACCCGCUUUAUUUAGGGGAUUAUGAGUGAUUUUAUAUGAAGAACAAAAUAAUUUUUGAAACAUGGCAGCCAAAUUGAUUUUAUAACCAGAGUGUUGCUUACGCAUGCAAAUUAUACCUCUUUACAUGAAACUGAGUUCUUUUUGUGCCUGUGCUUCCAAGUAAUUUAAAGAAUAUUACUAAAACAAAGGAGAGUAGUUCAUCGAGAUCUUGAUCAUUUCCAUCCCAUUUACAAACGUGCUGUCUGAUAUUUGUCCUGGAGUUUAAAACAUCCAGUCGUGAAAGUAGCAUUCAAGUAGUUGUCUCAGAAUUCGCUCUCCACCACGUUUAAAUGCCUUUAUCUUCACUUGAAUCUUUUAAGCUCCCCCGAGAUCUUCACUCAAGCAACGCAAACCAGGUAAUGCUCUCAAGGUAGAGAAAUAGAAUGGUUUGAAUUUGAUCGGUUAACACACUGAAUUUUUCCGACUGAUUCUACGGGUAUUUACCACAGUGAAUUGUGGAAUUAAUAAAUAAAAAUGUGUUCAUUGUCUUAAUUAAAGCACCCAGAGAAAGGAGGGGUAAGCAAGUCCCGUUUUAAUAUAAAUUUACAGCAUUAAUGCUCUGUGGGGUAGUUUUCCAAUUGACUAUUGUGAUUUUCAAAAAAAUAUUUGUCGGACAUGUUCUUAUAUAAUCCAAUACAAACCACAAAAUCUGUUGUCUAAAAGAACGGGCGUAUAUUGACUUUUCAGACAACGAGGAGGAUUCUGAAGUCGAAAGUGAGUUGCCUACUGUGUUAGUUAAAAUUAUGAUUUAUCCGAAGAAUUCCUUGUUUGCGAGAUUUAGGGCGCGUUGAGCCUAAUGAAUGUCGUUUUGUUUUGUUAAGACUCUUAAUCAUGCUGCGUAAAAAUAUCGCCCUUAUUCUAACCUUCACUGCUCCAGGUCCUCGCAGACAGGCACAAAGACGAUAUAAACCAGGUCAGAAUUGUAGGAUGAUGAACAUUUUACUUAUCCACAGUAACUUCCCACACAAGGCUAAUGUUUAAGUUGUUUUGUUUGAUCUUUCGAUGAGUCCUAUGAUGCAUCUUGUUGCAGUUUUAUGCUUUCUUAAUUGCCUUAGCCCUCAAAACGCGAAGGGGUGAGCAAGACUGGAACAUUUUAUUAAAAUUUGGGGGGUUGCGUAUAUGAGGCAGGACGGAAGUGUAACUAACUAAUAGCGUGAAAGCUGUGCAUACACUUAAAACAGACAUUGCUCAUUUUAAUUAGGCUGCAGUGUCGAUCUCACAAAUUAUUGUGUGCAUAUUAGUUGGAAAGUAAAGGUGCUGGUUUUAACUUUAGAUUACGACGAGGAAUAUGAGGAGGAAGGUGAGUUUACAUCCACGUCGUAGUCGGCAGUCUUUGACAUGGUCCUUAUAAGGCACAUAUCGUCUUGGUAACAAACGUCUCCUUUAAAUAACGUAGUAAAAAGCUAUUAGAAAAAUAUUGUCUGAGAUAGUCUAAGUUAGUAAUGCUCGCUUUAUACAUUGACAUUACUGAGAUGAAUACAGUGAACUAAGCAGUACUUAAGCAACACUAUCAAUUUCCUAAUUAAGAUGCCUAUUAAAGUCCGCUGUUUUUCCUAGCAAACAUUAGCAAGAAAUUUUGUUUAAGUUAUAUUUAAUGCUAAAUCUUGUACGCGGAGAGUAAUUAGCUCUGAAGUAAUUGCUAUUGUGUAAGUUUUUUAAAAUGCGGGCACGCAAAUUGUGUGCCGUACAAAGAUGAUUUCCGUGGAAAGUAUCAACCAGCACAUCACUAUUUGGUCCUCAUUUUAAACACUCCAAGCACUACUUUUCGACAGAAUAAUCGACAAACAAUAUCUUUUGAGAAAGUGUUUACUACCAAAGGACAUAAAUAGACUUCACAUAGCUUUUUAGAAGAACGGUAACAGCUUAUUUUACAUAAGCAGCAAAAUUCCAGAAACAAAGCCUGACGCUAUUUUCACGGACCUAAAUAGGACACCCGAGUUCUCUGGCCUAAAUCGUCACAUUUCAUUUUGCGUAAGAUAACGUAGGGAACAUUUUAAUAUAUUUGCCAGUAUCGCAAUGCUGCCACAGCAAUAUUUUUAACGUCACUUUGUGCUGAAUUGUUCCGCUCCCAGCCGGCAAAUUGAUGACUGGGAUAGAGAGGUCAGAAGUGUACAUCUGCUAUGCUUAGACUUGCUAUUCAGUCAAAGCACGCCCGAAAACGAAGGGAUUUGAAAUCAGAAUUCCAUAAAAAAUGUAUAUAAAGUUAAUCGUUCUGAUUAUUUUGGCAAGGAUUUGAUGCGAUUCUUGUCGGUCGGCACAAAGCAUAUGUAUUAAUACGCUGUUGGACAAAGUCUAAACGCGCACAAACGCCUAGUCAGUCCACAAUGAUGAUAGGAAUAUCCACCACCCGCUGGCCGUGGAGGCCAAACCGUAGAUAUUUCUCUACUUCUGUUUGCUAAUUUGCAAAUUUUGUGUGCGUGAACCUGCUUGCACAAAUAGUCUCUGGAUAUUAAGACUUAGUUCGGUAAUCACAUUUUCGCGUUUUUAGCUUAUCGUAUCUCACAUGGACCUACAAAGUCAAAAAAGCCAGGUAAUUUCCCUUGAGAUUCAAACUGCCCUAGAAUAGACCUAAGACUCUGUUAGUUGAAUGCGAACCUAAGAACUGUUCAUAUGCUUCAUGCCUAUAAUGGCAAGGCCUACUCUGGGGUGUAAACUACACUGUCAAAACAAUCUCUUAGGCACAGUUCAGUUUUUUACUGUCUUUCCAAACGUAUUUUUUACCUGCUUGCUAUAGAUGCAUUUCAUUGGUAUAAUUAUUUAAUUUUAGUAAAGGCUCAAAGUCGAGGUCAGUUUUUGCUCGUCAUUUUAAGGACUGAAUGAAUUUUGCUACCUGAGCUCCCAUGCAGUCCCUUAACCCACCCGAUUGCAUUUGAACACUAAGUGACGACAUUUUGACUAAUAUCUGUGUUCGUCGCAUAUCGCUGAUUUUCACAGAAUGCAAGUUGAUCCUUGAUUUAUGAUAUGCAGCCAUUAGCAGUUUGUGAUUGUUUUUGAAAACAAUUGUCAUAUUCUCGGAAUGCUAUUUGAACACUAACUAUACAGGGAUGAAUGGGCAUUUUUGGUUUUUUAACUAAAGCCAUCUUAUAUACAAAAUAUACCGGCUUGAAAAGAAUACAGCAUCUUUAGAUUGAUUGUGCUCAAAUGAUAGCUAGCACGUCUAGAUUUCGAAUUGAUUUCACCAAAGAAAGCCUUAAACAGAUGGCCAAGAAAUUAAUAUUAACUUUCGGUUGCACUAUCGUUUUAUCAAUUUCCUUACAGAGGACACCCAAUAUCAAAAGAAACCCGUAAAACCAAAUAAUAGAGGCAGGUUUAUUGAUUAAAAUUAGGGGAGAGAACCCAUUUUGCCAUUUUUUUACUUUCAAACAUAAAACGCAUUUUUAAUCUAGCCUAUAACGGAGACAACGAUUUUGAAGAAGACAGAUGUAAGUGUCAUUUUGCCCUAUUCUACCGGUACUGUUUUUCUUUUCCUACUUGAUAUAAAAAACUACUUAUCGCUACCAUACAACGCUAUGUGCCGUCCGAACGUUUCUUCUUCCUCUCCCUACGAGUUGUUCUAAGUGAAAUAACGAAAUAUUACUGCCUUGUGCAUGUAACACGACUGCUCAGAAAUUUGCCGGCUGAUGUUGGGCACACUGAAAUGUUAAUUCCCGACCUAUUGUCUUCCAACAGCCAGUAAUGCCCCACGCCCUGAUCAUGCUACCGCCAGCUUUGAUCCAGGGUGUUUGCCUUUUAAUAGUUUAACUUGAAGUAAGCAUUUCACACGCCUUUUGAUUAGCAUGGGAACUCCAGAACUACUGGAGUUUACCGAUUUAUAUCAUUCCCUCGCAAAACCAAUGGUGAAUAGCAUGAGUUAUUUAAUCUACACUAGCGGUUUCCAGCAACGCCUUAGUCUCCUGUAUGUGGCUCCAAAUAUUGGCCCUGUUUAAGCUCGCUCCUCGAUAAAACCCAAGCCGCAUGCGGCAUUCACUUUCUAAUGAUUGUUGCAAUAAUAGCUGCUGAAUUCACACCGCUAAACCAAGCUUACCUUGCAUCCUCUUCGCAGGUCCACCUAGAAAGAAGGACCCAAAACCCAGGAAACAGGGUAAAUCUCCUUUUCGAAAAUACUUCUGAGGUGAUUGAUUAUGCGGCAUAUUUUCGGGUUAAGGGAAGUUUUAAAACGAGAAACUAUUAGCUUACUUUUAUACAUUUAGUUUGGGGCGGCUCCAGUCGCGCCAGCCGUUGAUCUCAUGGUUAGUUAAAUUCCUGGUCAAGUGUUUGUUGCAGACCACGGGGGGGGGGGGUGGCACGCCUAGAGUAGGCUCCGACCAUGUCAGCCACCUGCGCCCGCCCCCACCUCCAAUCUUUUUGGCUAUGUCUAGACGCCGAGCCAGUUGGGGAGAUGACAAGAGUGCGGCAGAUGCAACGCAAGUCUAACAUUACUAUAAGAGAAAUCCCGCAGAAGUCACCAUUUCUGCCCGCACACCUCUGUGGAGCUCACGAUGGACAUCAUCGUCAAAUAACUAAAUUUGUGAUAUACAAGUUAAGUUUGCCUGUCAUAUAUAACAACAUCACUUAGAAUGGCUAGCUGUUUCCGCAUCCGCCUACCUUUUUCAAACACAUGCGACCACAGCUCGGGUCUUAUUUUCCGCCUUACCUUUCUAGAGAAGGUUCUUAAACGACAAGAGGAAACGAAGUGUAAAACGGGAAAUUUAUCUGAGCCAAGACCGUUAUCCUAGAAGCACAGAAUGCUCGGACAGCGAUUCUUUUAAUAUGUACUUAAAAUAAAAAAAAAACAGUUAUUAAGCUUGAAAACCACGCAUUUGGCGGGUUUGGCAAUUUCACUGGAUUACAAUGUCAAGUAACUGCAUGGCCUGUGCACGGCGUAAACAUCCAAGAAACUUUAUCUUACUCUAAGUGAUAAUUUACAAUUUUUUCUCGAAAAUAACCUAUAGUCUGAUUAAUCGUUCUUCAGCUGAGCCAAGAAGGGAACCUCCGAGACGUAUGUCGGUUGAGCACUCUGUUUUGCUCCAGUAAUAUUAGAUAUAUUUUUGCCUGGUUCCACAUCACUGAGUAGAAUCGUGAUUUGACUGUUUGAUAUGAGUUUACUGUAAGAUGUUAUUAGCACUUUUUUCAGUAAUAUUCAGUUCUAUUUUCAUUCCAGUGCCGAACUCAGUUCUUCAUGAAGCCAUACUUGGGUUAAAAACUAACUGUCAAAGAUCCUUGUUUCGAGACUUACUGAAAUAACACCGGGUUCAGCAUGGAGGAUCUUUUUGUAAUAAUUCAGAGGCGUCUAGGAGCAUCUUUCCGAUCAACGAAUAAAAAAUUUGCCUUUUCCUGAUACAUUUAUUGAGAUUGCGUAAACUCCAGUGAUGUUUCUCACGCAGGAAAAUGAGGUUUCAAAGGCAAUAAUAAAGGAAAUUACUUUCACAGCUUUUCUAGUUCCGAGGACAAUCGUCUUCUAAAUCUUGCCUCGUUUAUCAAUGCCAAUUGUUAAGAGAAACCAUUUACCUUAAGUCAGCAGGAUUUCCUAAAUGGAAUAAAUGCUAAUUUUUUCUCAUGCAACUGGAAUGAAUCGAGUAUUUUCACGAUGCUGCUGUAAAUAUGAACUGCUUUGCGUGAAUUCAGAGCGGAAUUAUGAGAUCUGAGUAUGUUAGCUUGUAUGGGUUGUUGCGCGUACAUCUCAAUCACUUAUUUAUUUUAUAAAUUAUUCGCGAGCUGAGAAAACGUUCCCUACAAGACAAAAGUCACAGUUGUAUGCGAGACACCCGGAAAAUUUACGUAAACGUGCAAAAUCAUGACAAACCAAAACUGCCGCACAUUUCUAAAGUAAACAGCGAUCAAAGUUGAUAACCGGCAAACUGUCACAUCGUAGAUUACAUCGGAUACUUCUUCACGCCGAGUCAUACUGACUUGUCUUUCAAACUAUCUGCUGUACUUGGGUGCACUUUAAUAACCAUGUGGAAUUUCCGUUGUAGAUGAACACAGUUACGAAAAACCACCAGCCAGACCUCCAGUGAAAUGUAGGUGUUCUGAUGAGCUCUAUUAUGAAAAAACCUGUGCAGUGGUACGAUAAGUUUAAGAAAGUUCUUGCAUUUUAAACAUUUAGCUGCUGAUCGACCAAGGAAACCCAAACGCGGUAAGUAUUCCUGAUUGUCAUUCCGUGAGUAAGUGAGAUCCCAGCGCAGUAAUGUUUUCAUCAAAAGUAGCAGCUUGACCUAUUUUGCUGAAGCUACUGCGCCUUUUUACCCUCGUCGGCCAUUCAAAGUUUCAAUGUAAGGUGGCGUUGUAAGGAUUCCGGUUUUUGGCGGAAGGGGCUGGACUGCAAAAAAUCGACCAGAAAACUUGUUUUUUUACAGCGGACGUGCAAGCAACCAGCUAAUUUAUUUUUACGCAUGGAAUUUCGCAGCUGUGUCUUGUGGAUUGUUGCCCUGGCAGCUGUUUCAUCUAAACUUUGCGUAAUUACUGCACGGCUCACAUAUGACAAGUCGUUUUAGCAGCUUUGAUAAGCAAGCGCUAGUUAAAAUGACAGUGACUUUGGCUGUCUCUAAUUCAUUCCGUUCCUGUCAUUUAUUCGACCCUAGUUAAAGUAUCCAAGAAUUUAACAUUUAGGAAGUUGGUUAGAUACGUUACAAUCUGUCAACAACGAGCAGUGAACGUAAGUCGGCCGUUUGACGGCGAAGACACCACAGUUGGGAAACAGACAGAUCAUUAGACCAAAGAACACUUAUUUAAGAUAAGUUAACCUCGGUCGUAGGACAAGUAGUGAAACGGGUAGUUUUCAGACGCGCUAACCAUCCACAAACGUUUUAGCCAAUAAAAAGAAAAAGACAUUCUGAUAAGACAGGGAAAAAGGAACCUCUCUGUAAUACAGGUGUUUUUGCGCCAAAAUCCAUAAAAAAGAGAGUGACGGUUAAGGCUAACGUUGGGGUUAAGUCUAGGCUUAGGACACACGGGUAGGUAUCCUCUCGGGAGUAUGGCGCAAGGUCGUCUCUGUUGUAAGAAGGUUUCUAUUUUCGUGUUCCGUAGUAUUCCCCUAAGCCUACGGAUUAAUGACUUUGCAAAAACUUUGACUUUCGGCUAUGGGACAUGCUCGUCUGUCGAACCUUCAUAUCCAAGGAAAAUACCUCGCAUGCUGUUGCGUAAUGACCAAAAGUGUGUUCUGACAGUGGCAAUGGAGACUGGAAUUGCCAUUUAUGACUUAUACCCUUAUUACCGUUUGCUUGAUUUUUUUAUUCGAUGCCUUGAAACGAUAAGAUUUGGCCUGAUAACAAAGUUAAUCUGCCAAUCCAAUGCCACAGUAGAUUUGCUAUCGCAUAAAAUGCUCACUCAAAUUCUAAAAAGUUUAUUCGAUUCGAAAAGAUUGCCUAAAUAGGGUUGCCCUGUUAAAUAUCGUGUUGCAUUAUGGUAAGAUGUCGCAGUCAUGUUAUGGUGUUGACUUUCAAAUGGGUCUCUUGUCUGCUGUUUGCGUACAUUUUGUAAAAUUACCAUUUUAGUCGCAUGACUUUUUCCCAUCAAUUUUCUUAUUAAUUCAUAUACAUUUUGUAGAAAGAAGGCACAGCAAUAGUUUUUACUCAGUUGCUGGCAAACUACGUUUUCUUUAAAAGAAAGUCUUCUUCGGUUUUAAAACCUCACUUUUGAAUUAUUAUGAGCCCGACCUACCGUUGCAAUUGCAUUCAGGGUUUUCGAAAUACUUUUGCGCAGAAACAAUCACACAUUCCUUCAUGUUAUAAUUAGGAGAGAACACGGGACUCACAAAAUUUUGUAAUUGAUACAAACCAUGUUGUCUACUUUAAAAUCAACAUUAAUAAGUGUGUUGAUAUGGUGCUGAACGACUGAUGAUUCUAUGAUCUGGAAAAAUGCCGCAAUUAGAAACUCCUUAAAAUAGAAAGGUACCCUUUUAUCUAGUAAAAAAUUUAAGCGAAACCUACUUUGUUACCAAAUAAGUAAAGUACAGAAUGCUUUUGCGCAUGUUUUCUAUAAAAUAUAUUUAAAUUUAGAAAACUAAUUAAAAUCAAUAAGAAUAAUUUGCACUGCCUAUGUAAUCACUUUUAUGGUACGUAGUUUGCGCAAACGUUCGAUACGAAACCCUUUCGAAAAUCGGCGUCCUGACCUGACUGGCAUAUCCUAACAUCAUGUGACGCAAUAAUUGACAUGACGACCAUAUUUAAGCAGUCUUUUUAAAUUGAAAACACAUUUCAUAAUUGCAGGCAGAAUUACCUGGUAUAACAUAUCUACUGCAAUUUGCAUAAAUAUGUUCUAAAAACAAGACCACAGUCAUCUUCCACAGAAAAAAACGUCCGCUUUUGCGGCGGUAUACCAUGCAAAUAGGUAAAAGCCGUAUGUGUCAGAAGAUCAGAUGCCGGAUUUCUAUUCAGUUGUUGAAGACUCAAAGCUUGCGGCUGAAACCUUAUAUGUAAUUUGGUAGUGCGCAGGACUGUUCUGAAAUCUCGUCCUUUAUCUAUGUCGAAGCAGUUGUUUGUAAUUUCGCUAUGUACCCCCACGUAUGUGCAACGAAGCAAUUUUUUGUUGCAUUUCUUAUCGCUUGUUUGUUUUUGCAUGUAGACUACGUAGAGGAAAGAACAACCUCACGGUCAGGUACCUAAAUAUUUUUCCUAAAAGUUUUUUCGAAUAAUUCAUGGUCUCCGAUCGUUCAUUACUCAGAGAGAAUUUCAACUUUUGAGGUCUCAUUUGCGCAGUCACUUAUCAAUUCGCAGAUAGUAAUGCAGAUUUAGGAACGGUAGAUUUUGCAGGAGUCAGUGCUUUGCGUUGGUUUGUGUUUCUUUACCACCAGAGUGUUGUUAGAACGGCAUAAAAGUUUGCUAAAAAGAAGAUUUCGCCCUAAGUUGUUUGUAUAUUUGGCUUCCAGAAUACCAAUACGGCGAUCUUCCAAGCGCAUCGGGUAAGUUUCUGAUAAUUGCUUCUGUGUGAUUUGAGAAACUGCAAAGGCAAUAGCCACCACUAAUAAAAAAAUUUCAUUUUGAUAGAAUUAUCCUCUGAAUCCACCGACUCCUCUAAUGACUCAAGUGCGUCAUCACAGCCAUGCUCAUCUGCUCUGCUCCAGACCCUGUAUCUUGCUCGUCUGACAUAACUUUUACCUUCUUUUUAGUGCCUCCACGACGAACGAAGCCUCCACAGCGAUCAGGUGAGUUUUAGCAAGGAAUGCGGGCCAUCAUGACUUGUUUAUCGCACUUUAGGAGCAAAAAACUGGAGAUGUGGGAUUUUUUGGAGAAUGAAUAAUGCAUUUUUCCGCAGCAUUUUAUAUAAUAGGUUCCUUAGAUUGAGCCAGGGUCCCAAUGCUUGGUGUACUUUGAAAACUGUCGGUCGCCGCUUGUGGUUCGAGCACAAAUUGCAUUCAUUUCUAAAACUGGUCUGAUAGUGAUUUUGGUAUAUAAUGAGUUAAUUAAGCUUAUAAAUCGAGGAGUCCCAAGCCAAAAUUUUUUCAAAUAUUACAAAUGAGAAAAUUUGAACGUGGUCUCCUUCCAGUUUUUGCCUAUAAGAUGUCAAAUUUUCGGUAACUAGGCAUGAAGCUUUUUUGUGAAGUAUUCACGCUUGUCUAACUAACGACGCGAAGUUAAAUUUUUAUUUUAUACAGCAAAUGUACUCAAAACGUUAAAGUAGUGAAGCUCUUACCUAGAAAUAACUGUUCCAAAAUUGUUUUAACUAUGUUUCAAGUUUUUGGCAAACAUUAACUUAAACAAAUGCUGAUUCCCUAUGCAUUGAUUCAACUAUUAAAUGGACCAUUUCCCUUUAUUAGAGAGGCGUUUUGAAGAAAAUACUUCGCAAAGACGACGUCCUAGAGAGAGUAAGCGUGUUAUCUUCUAUUUUUCGAUAAUACAAAAUCAGUUGAACGCUUUUCUGUGCCCAAGCAAGCAAACGGUGGUAUCUUGAGGCCGAACUGCAAAUAAUAUGAGAUUGCACCCAUCUAACCCUGAUUCACAAUCGUCUGCACCUAGCCUUGUUGAAAACCUGACUGUAUGCCUGAGGACUAAAAGCCCAACGGCGCUUUCCACCCGAUAUUACGAAAACGGACUCUAGCCUGCCAGAGGGUAUCAUUUACAGACGAGACAGCAAUCCCAUUCCACUUGAGACAUUUAAAAGUUAACUUUCGUAAGGCUUUUGCCUGCAAUAGACAUUCAGUAGAUUAACAUAUCGAUUUAAUGAGUGCAAGUAGGAAGCCGAUGCGGAGGUUGUGGUGCUGAUACUUGACAACAACUAGGCAACUGCCCCACCUCGACACGGUAAUAACUAAGGUUCUUAACUAAAUACACACAUAUCUUGGCAGGUGUUAAGCAGCAUCGGUAGGCACACUCGCAAAACACGUAAACCGAUGUUGCACAGAGAAAAUUGGUACGCUGUUGAAAACGCAUGCAUGCUGCCCGUGAUGUAUAUGCAUUAACAGUCGCCUGCCGGUGAUUAAGGUAUGUAUUCUAGAGGCAGCCAGCAUCCUUAUGCCUACAAGCACCUUUAUGUCGACAGAAGCCUUUCCUACUACAUUCCAAAACCUGUGGAACUAGGUGUGGCAGUCAGGUUUCUUUAAGGAGAACAAGGGAACUUAAACAAACUGGCGCCAAAACGUAGCGGAAUUUCUGACCCGGUCCUUAUGUGCUACCGUAAUCCUCUUGAUUGACAACUAAACACAUUACUUUAGGCUACUAGUUUGAGGUAAAACUGUUAAGAAAAACGCACUGCCAAGAAAGCGAAGGCAAAACUUCGGUGAGCCAGGGGGCAUUUAAUUACGUAAGUAGUAAGAAAGACAAUCGUUAUGAUGAAUUUUAAUUGAAAUCGUAUAGCCUUUUUAAUGUUUUUUAAAAGUCGCAUCAUAAUGCUGUAAGUUCACAUGCGUUUUGUUGAUGCUGUCGCCUAAGAGACCGCUUCGCCUUAAUUUCAGGAGUCGAUGAGAGAGAAUCUUCACAGAGAAGUACGUUUGCCUCUGUAUAGCAUAUUUAACAGAUACGCCGUGAAUUGCGUUCACCUCCAGUAAAGAUAUUGAUCUAAACUUGUGUCUUUUUCAUAUUUUAGGGGUAAGCAUGGGACUCUGCGAUGCAUACUGUCUCCUUGAUACAGUUCCUGUAGCCCUCGAAAAUAACUUUCUUCUAAAGUAUGCUCCUUCUGUAAUUGUUUUUGCAAAAUUUUUUUCUUAAUGUUAACAGCCUCCAGAUAACUACAUGCAGACUAGGACCCAUGAUCACGUAUGUAAACGUUGGGUGAACUAUUUCUUGCAUAGCUUCGUGGUGCUUUCUUUGACCCCAGUGAUGGCUGAAAUGUCACUCUUGGGCUCUCAAUUUACUUACCUUCAACUCAUUUUCAGUAUUUAACUUUUUACCACUGAGUGUUAUUCUAUGAGCAUCUACACUUGGGAAUGAGCUGCAUGUUUCUCUUUUCAUUCCCCUCGAAAGAGUCGACCGCCGCGAAACUCCAGCUACGUACGUUUUGCCCGUAAUUAGGGCGUUCAAGUUGUCCCUUCUCGUGCAUUUUAUCUUACUCAGUAGGCUUUUUAUGCACUAAGGGUUCGCCUACCAAUAGUUUUCCUCAUCAAUGCUGAACCGCUUUCCCGAUGUCCUGGCUGAUUUCUAGUAAAUCUCAAGUAACCUAACAGCGUAUGCUUUUAGACGGGCAAAUCGUUUCUAUCAUUUAACAUGCUACAUUUGUUGCGAAAAAAGUAUUGUUCCAAAAAUAUCACUUCAGCUGAAAAAAAACUGUCGAAAGCACAGCCUAGGCGGUCAUAAUUUGACUUUCAGUCGUUUAUACAAAAACUAUGUUAUCUCAAAAUAGUUAAUCGUUGUUCUUUUUAGCGGAUCUGAGAGCAAAAGCCGAAAAAAAUUGAGAGAUUCCGGCCAUCUGUGA